UGUUAUGCAUUGACGACGAGCUGCGAGUGGAUGACAGGCGGAGCUACGUCUCUAACGGAGGCUGGGUGUCGCCUGACCGGAUGAUGACCGACCUAAGUUUUAUGAAUCUAGUCUAUCCCAUAUUUCCUAUUGAUUUUGAGAGAUCUUCGCUGUAUCCAUUUCUGGCAGCUAAUUAACGGAGCAUCGCGCAAACCUAAACACAGCCAAGUCCAACUGACAACUCAACUUUCAAACGUUUUCUUUUUUCCAACUACGGUUCUGCGGUGAGAUAGCGCUGGGAUUCAACUCGUCUCGGUCUCUUCUUGCCUCCCCGUCUUUUCUAGCAAGCGGAGGCUGAGCUGAGUUGAGCUUUCCGGAGAGGGGAGCAGCCAUGGGCAACCGGGGUAUGGAAGACCUCAUUCCCCUAAUCAACAAGCUCCAGGACGCUUUCAGCUGCAUCGGACAGAGUUGCAACCUCGACCUGCCGCAAAUCGCUGUGGUCGGCGGGCAGAGCGCUGGGAAGAGCUCCGUUCUGGAGAAUUUCGUUGGAAGGGACUUUCUGCCCAGAGGGUCUGGUAUCGUCACCCGGAGACCUCUUAUUCUGCAACUAGUCAACAGCCAAGCAGAGUAUGCCGAGUUCCUUCAUUGUAAAGGUCGUAAGUUUGUGGACUUCGACGAGGUUCGUUUGGAGAUUGAGGCAGAGACCGAUCGCAUCACUGGGUCCAAUAAGGGAAUCUCUGCCGUACCUAUAAACCUCAGAGUCUACUCCCCUAAUGUGUUGAAUCUGACUCUGAUCGAUCUACCAGGAAUGACGAAGGUGGCGGUGGGAGACCAACCGGCCGACAUCGAGCACCAGAUCAGAGACAUGCUGUUGCAGUUUGUAACUAAAGAGUCGUGUCUGAUCCUGGCUGUGACUCCGGCCAACAUGGACCUCGCUAACUCUGACGCCCUCAAGAUAUCGAAGGAAGUCGACCCGCAAGGGUUACGUACCAUCGGUGUUAUCACGAAGUUGGAUCUAAUGGAUGAGGGUACCGACGCACGGGACAUCCUGGAGAACAAGCUGUUACCCCUACGCCGGGGUUACAUCGGGGUGGUGAACCGGAGUCAGAAGGACAUCGAUGGCAGGAAGGACAUCAAAGCCGCUCUGGCUGCUGAGAGGAAGUUCUUCCUGUCCCACCCAGGAUACAGACACAUGGCCGACCGCAUGGGGACCCCCCACCUCCAGAAAACACUCAACCAGCAACUGACCAACCACAUCCGGGAUACGUUGCCAGGGUUACGCAGUAAACUUCAGAGCCAGCUGCUGUCUCUGGAGAAAGAGGUGGAGGAGUAUAAGAACUUCAAACCUGAUGACCCGACACGAAAAACCAAGGCCCUUCUGCAAAUGGUGCAACAGUUUGGUGUGGACUUUGAGAAGCGUAUUGAGGGAUCUGGUGAUCAGGUGGACACUGUGGAGCUGUCCGGUGGAGCCAGGAUCAACCGGAUUUUCCAUGAGAGAUUCCCCUUCGAACUGGUCAAGAUGGAGUUUGACGAGAAGGAGUUGAGAAGAGAGAUCAGCUACGCCAUCAAAAACAUCCAUGGAGUCAGAACGGGCCUGUUCACCCCUGACUUGGCGUUUGAGGCCAUAGUGAAAAAGCAGAUCAUUAAGCUGAAAGAGCCGUGUCUGAAAUGCGUCGACCUCGUUGUGUCCGAACUAUCAACCCUCGUCAGAAAAUGUACAGAGAAGCUUGUUUCCUACCCGAGACUGAGAGAAGAGACAGAGAGAAUUGUCACAACGUAUGUCAGAGAGAGAGAUAGCAAGACCAAGGACCAGGUGUUGCUGCUGAUUGACAUUGAGCUGUCUUACAUCAACACCAAUCAUGAGGACUUCAUCGGCUUUGCGAACGCCCAACAGAGGAGCACCGCUACUGCCACCAUCAACAACAAGAAGAGAGUGAUGCCUAACCAGGUGAUCCGGAGGGGUUGGCUCACUAUCAACAUCAGCAUCAUGAAGGGGGGGUCCAAAGAUUACUGGUUCGUGCUGACCGCAGAGUCCCUGUCCUGGUACAAGGAUGAAGAGGAGAAGGAGAAGAAGUACAUGCUGCCCCUGGACAACCUGAAGCUGAGAGACGUGGAGAAAGGCUUCAUGUCUACAAAACACACUUUCGCCAUCUUCAACACUGAGUCAAGGAACGUGUAUAAGGACCUGCGUCAGAUCGAACUUGCCUGUGACACUCAGGAAGAUGUGGACAGCUGGAAGGCUUCGUUCCUCCGGGCUGGAGUUUACCCCGAGAAAGACCAGGUGGAGAGUGAGGACUCUGGCCCGGCUGAGUCCUUCUCCAUGGACCCUCAGCUGGAGAGGCAGGUGGAGACCAUCCGUAACCUGGUGGACUCCUACAUUGGCAUCGUCAACAAGUCCAUCAGAGACCUCAUGCCCAAGACCAUCAUGCACCUGAUGAUCAACAGCGCGAAAGACUUCAUCCAUUCUGAGCUGCUGGCCUACCUGUAUUCGUGCGGGGACCAGGGCAGCCUCAUGGAGGAGUCUGCUGACCAGGCCCAGAGGAGGGAUGAGAUGUUGAGGAUGUACCACGCCCUGAAGGAAGCCCUGGUGAUCAUCGGAGACAUCAGUACCACCACAAUCUCCACUCCCAUACCUCCGCCUGUUGACGACACCUGGAGGGCCAAGGAUCCCAGCCCCCCACCCCAGGCAAGACCCCUCCCGGCCGCCGCUUGUAUUCCGAGUCGCCCUCCGGCAGUGAGGGGCGCGACACCAGGCCCUCCUCCCGCCAACCCCCCGAACCCGGCUUUCGCCCUGGGCCCGCGCCCUGGGCCCGCGCCUCUCAACAGCCACGCCGGGCCCGAUCCUGUGGGCAACGUCCCCGUCAUCCCUUCCCGACCGAUCAGGGUGCCCCCUGGCCUGCCCCCAGGCAUACCCAGGAGACCUCCAGCUGCCCCCGGUCGUCCCACCAUCAUACGUCCUUCAGAGCCCUCCCUGCUGGACUAGACACACACACCCACCCACACACACCCUGCCUCAAGUCCCCCUCCUGUUGUCUUUUGACUACAAAGAAACAGUGUAAAAGAAAAAAAAAUAAUGAAGAAAACAUUUGUUUUGCUAACACGGUUCAAUACCAGAGAACGGUUUGGUUGUCGUUGUUAAUGGAUCACUACACCGCUGAUUGAUAUUCUUUAAAUGUGUGUAUUCAACCAACACUACGUACUUUGAUUGUGUAACAAUUGUUUUGAAAAGGGAUUGAAGUGGUGAGGAACAGAAGAAAUGAAACGUACAUUUACACACUAACUUUAAUCUUAAGUUUGGUAAAACCAGGCUAUGUGACAAUUUCAGGUCCAGAAAGUUUAAUGUAAAACAUUUGAGACCUACAACUCAUUCCUUUUCUAAAAAUGUUUUGUGAUUUUUCUAACCUUUUUAUUGCUAUGUACAUUUGUAUUUGUUUCUUCGCUAUGCACCUGAGUAUCUAUGCAGGAACGUGAUUAAUUUGAACCCCGCAGCUUCAUUGAAUACAUUUUGGUAACUGAUUCCAACUACAAAAAACACAUUUGAUAAAUCAUUUGUUGGAAUGGAAACCAGUUGGCUUAAAACUGCUUCACGGUUUUCAUUCAAGGUUGGGAUUCACUGUAAGUUACAGUGUAACAUUCACAGUAUGUUCAAAUCAGGGGGUCACUGACUGGAAUUUAUACAAAGCUGACUGCAGGCUAGUAGUUCAUACAAACUAGCUGUUGUCCUGUAGGUUACCAAUUUUCAACAUAUGCGAGUCGAUAAAUGCACUUCAGCCCAUGACCGUAGUGUUUCGCUAUGAGGUUCUGAGUAAAUGCCUUUAAAAUAAACAUUGUUUAAAGGUUUG